AACUUCAAUUAAAACUAUACACAUUCCUCACAUAUCAACCUUUGUAUCACAAUGGAGAGAGUAACAAAGAUGGUUUCAGAGAGGCCAGUUGUAAUAUUCAGCAAGAGUUCAUGUUGCAUGAGUCAUACCAUAAAGACACUUUUUUGUGACUUUGGUGUGAAUCCAGCAGUUUAUGAACUUGAUGAGAUAUCAAGAGGGAGAGAGAUUAAGCAAGCACUUUCAAGACUUGGUUCUUCUCCAUCUGUUCCAACUGUUUUCAUUGGUGGUGAGCUUAUUGGUGGAGCCAAUCAAGUAAUGAGUCUUCAUCUUAAUCGCUCUUUGAUUCCAAUGCUUAAAAAAGCUGGAGCUCUUUGGGUUUAAUUCCAUCACUCAUCAGUCACACAAUAACUUAAGCUGUUUAAUUUAUAUAUUUUGAGGUUAUAUUCAUAUGAUGAGUUUUAGUAUUAUAUAUAACUUAGUGUUACAACCUGAGCUUCCUUCAGCAGCAAGCAACAAUGAAGACACAAAUGGAGAGAGUGUAACUACCUAACUGAUUGAUUAGUUAUACAGCUGGAAGUUAGUUAGUAGUUUAAGAUUGUAUAUAGGCAGUGCAUGAUAAGCUAAACAUGCAUCACUUAGUUGUGUAUAUAAACAACUUGUAAUCUUCUCUAUCUUCUUAAU